CUUACAAUUCCAUUCAUCACUUAUUAUAAAUCCCUCCCUCAUUUCCCUCUACACAAAUCUAUUUCUACUUAUAAUAAUAUAUACACAUAUAUAGAUUUGAUCAUGGGUGAAAAAGAAGACCAAGAAACAGGAUCCCCAAUAGAAAUAAAAAACUCGGUUUUUCGAUACAAUUCGCCAUUAAUUCAAGUAGGGUUAAUCGGGUUAGUCUGUUUCUGUUGUCCAGGAAUGUUUAAUGCAUUAUCAGGUAUGGGUGGUGGUGGUCAACUUGACCACACAGCUGGUAAUAAUGCCAAUACUGCCCUGUACACCACCUUUGCUAUUUUCGGCAUUUUGGGUGGGGGCAUUUACAACAUUUUAGGCCCCCGUCUCACUCUUUUCGCAGGGUGCAGUACUUAUAUAGUAUUUGCAGGCUCAUUUUUGUACUAUAAUCAUCAUCACCAACAAGGUUUUGUUGUAUUUGCUGGGGCAUUAUUAGGUGUUGGUGCAGGGCUUUUAUGGGCAGGGCAAGGGGCAAUUAUGACAUCUUACCCACCUGCACAUAGAAAAGGGACUUAUAUAUCUAUGUUUUGGAGUAUUUUUAAUAUGGGUGGUGUUAUUGGAGGGUUGAUCCCUUUUAUAAUGAAUUAUAAUCGUGAAACCGCGGUUUCUGUUAAUGAUGGGACUUAUAUUGGGUUUAUGGUUUUUAUGACGAUUGGUACUGUACUUUCUUUGGCUAUAUUGCACCCGAGUAAAGUGAUUCGUGAAGACGGGUCUCAUUGUACUAAUAUUAAGUACUCGAGUGUUGUCACUGAAUCUGUUGAAAUCGUUAAAUUGUUUGGUAACUGGAAGAUGUUGUUGAUUGUGCCUGCAGCGUGGGCGAGUAACUUUUUUUAUAGUUAUCAGUUUAAUAAUGUGAAUGGGGCCUUGUUUAAUUUGAGAACAAGGGGGUUAAACAAUGUGUUUUAUUGGGGUGCACAGAUGAUUGGGUCUGUGUUUAUUGGUUACAUUAUGGAUUUUAGUUUCAAAAGCCGAAAGAAGAGGGGUUUGGUUGGUAUCACAGUUGUCGCAGUUAUAGGAACCGGGAUUUGGAUUGGUGGGCUUUUUAAUCAAAGGGGUUACAAUUACCAUGAUGUGAAGAACGAAAGCUUGAAGCUUUUAGAUUUCAAGAAAUCUGGCAAUGAUUUUGCAGGGCCGUUUGUGCUUUAUUUUAGUUAUGGGCUAUUGGAUGCAAUGUUUCAGAGUAUGGUUUAUUGGGUUAUCGGUGGCUUGGCUAAUGAUUCCGUCAUUCUUAGCAGAUAUGCUGGAUUUUACAAGGGGGUACAAAGUGCUGGUGGCGCAGUGGCGUGGCAAAUUGAUACACAUCAUGUGCCUUUCAUGACUCAGUUGAUAGUUAAUUGGGUACUUACUACUAUAAGUUAUCCUUUGUUAGCCCUUUUGGUUAUAAAAGCAGUAAAAGACGAAGAUGAAGUGGAAGAAGAGUUUCCCUCUGGCAAUCCAAAGGCGAUAGAGUCUAAUGAUGAAUUUAGCAAACCAACUUAAAAGAAUAUAAUGAUGAAAUGAUGCAAACACUUUGUUUAUUUUGUUAAUUUUUGUUUCUAAAUGUGCUGUUUUCUUAGGCAGAAUGGGUAUCAUGAAGUGUAAAUGUUGUCUAUUGCAGCAUUUUUUAGGUGUUUGAAUUGUAGAUUGUCUUUUCUAUGAAGACUGGUUUUAUCUUUGUUUUUUGAAUUUCAUACAAGUGGAAUUAGUUCUUU